UUCCUUUUCUACCUUUAUCUAAAUGUUACUGUCUGCUGCAGAGUUGCAAAGUUUGCCCUUUUAUUUGGGUAACAAUGACUGAGGAGAAAAUUUUUGCUAUCACAGGAUAUGAUCGCAGACCAAUGAUCCCUGGGAGCGGCGACUCUAUACCAUUGAUUCAGGAGAGUGAUUCUAGCUCACUGAUCCCAGAGACCGAUUCUGCCACUAUGAUUCCUGAGAGCGAUGCCCCGGUGGUCUUGGAGGAUACCGAGUCCAAAAAUGGUCAUGCAAGAAGGUGUUCUACUGGGAACAUUGGUAUUCCAUACAAAAGUGUAAAGAUUUUUUCCCAUUACCUUGCAGCUUCAAUAGGAUCCUCCCAUGAUUAUUGUAAAUAUGGACAAAGACAAGAUCUUGAAACAAAGUCAACAAGCAUUUCUAUAUUGGAAACGAUAAUGGAAAGGCAAGGUAAAGGACAGGACAUGGGAAAGGUUUUAACUUCAGCAGAGAGAACGAAGAAAUUAGCAGUCAGUUAUGCGUCUUCUCGUGGUUCCAGAAUCCAAAAACCUGAUUUUCCUGUUAUCAGCAAGAAGGAAGUUCCAUCAUCGACUGAGAAAGAAACUAUCCGUUAAAACCUUUGACUACCUAUCAGAGGAAUAAAUCCAAAGCUAGGGUAUAGGCCACCAAAAUCACCUAGUCUCCAACUAAAAGGCUAUUUAAGGAGUAAAAAGGAUGGUGAAAUCCAAAAAAACAAAGAAAUGGCUACUUCUUUGGUGAAUUCACAAGGAGCUUUAGGUAGUACAGAACAAAUAAAACUCAGAAGAACUAAUGAAAUGAAGAACUCCAUAUCGGAUAAGAAAAAGGUUUUGACACGAGCAACUACUUCUUUGGCUGCCUUGCAUUCCGUUAAGAAGGUUUUGACUCGACCGAUUGCUUCUUUGUCUCCCAAACAUUCUAAAAAGAGAGUUUCAGGUAUGAAUACUGAAAAACUCAAGAGCCUGAAAGGAGUUUCUCAUUUGAAGGAUCGGAGUGAUGUUGGAAAAUCUGAAUGUGCCAAAGCCAGCAAUGGGUACGUGCCAGAGACUUUGAAUACAAUUGAAUUGAAUGUAGAGAAUAAAGCUGUUGGACUGACUCAAAACAGUGAUCGUUCUUCCUCAUUCCGUAAGGAUAAAAGCUUGAAACAUGAUCAAAACGGAAUUUCCCCUGUUCAAUUGUCUCUGCCUUCUACAGAGAAGAUUUUGAGACGCACUCGCUAUGGCAUCCAUGUCAGUCGAUCACCUAAAUCCUCUGAGAAUAGAAGCUUGAGACAUACCAAACAGGGUAUUCAAGUUACUCAAGCAUCUAUAUCUUCUUUGGCAUCCUCCAAAUCUUCCCAUGGACUAGUUAAUAGAGCCAAUGCAAGACUGAGACUAGUUAGUCCCAGAAAGGAUGAAUUAGUUAGCACAAAAGAUCCAGAGUCCCCACCCAGAAAGCUAAGUUAUAGGAAAGAAAAGGUAGUUGAGCUUCGCCCUGUGAUUAGUCCUCCAAGGACACUCAAUUUUAGGCGAAGACGUUUCAGUGACAGCCAAAUUGAUAAAGUUGAAACUACAGAAAGUACCUUUAAGAACAUAGAAAUUCAUGUCGAUGAAGGCGACACUAGUGUUGAAAAAUCUGAAAGCGAGAAGGUUGUCUUUAAAUACCAAGAUGUUGAAGAAAAGACAGUGGAGCAGAAUUUGUUGACUGACAUGAUUGAGGGGGCGGCAAAUAAGCUUGCCGAGAGCAGAAAGAGUAAGGUCAAGGCAUUGGUUGCUGCUUUUGAAACAGUGAUCUCUCUUCAUGAUCCCAGACUAUCAUCAACAGUUGGUGUAUGUUGAGUUACUGAGGUCUGUACUUGUAUUCAAUCAUAUACUAAUUCUAUAGAGGGAAAGAAAAGGGAACAUCGGAGUGGACAUGA